AGACAAAAACAAACAAUAUAUAUAAAAUAUUUAACAAAUUUCGGCAUUCCGAGUUUAGAAUCAUAUCGCCAAAAAUUUCUAAAUUUCGAACAACAUUUAAAAUUACCUCCGAAAGGUGAAAGAAAAUUAUCUAUAAUAUAGCAGAUAUUAUGAAGCGUCGAAAGUCGCAGAGACGAGUGAAACAAUGCUUAGACCUGGUCAAACUAAUAAGGAACAGGCCCAGGCCGCAGCCAUACUAUUUUCAACGGAGCAGCAGCAAUGCUGGACGAAGCCGCAGAAACGAAAGUAAUUUGCAUCGCUCUUGCAUUUUCAACUCUCAUAAUCUACAUCCACAAGCACUUGCAUCCAGUCAUUCGUCGUUUCAUAUACCGAUUUGUGACUCCCGAAUUAACAGCGAUUGCAGUAGUUCCAAAGAAAUCAGCCCAAAAAGCAGUAUGCAUUCAAAACCUGAUGUAAAAUUGUUCGAAACUGAAUCGCAAGUAACGGCUCUGUCCUAUAAUUUAGUUAAUGAACUAAGCAAAAUCUCAAAUGCAACUUUAAAUGCAAAUACAACUCCAAGUAUAAGUAAAUUGCUGCAAGAAGUGGAACAAAAUGCCAACCCUAGUUGCUCGAAUAACAGGAAAACCGAAAUUGAAGAGUCUACGAAUGAACUCACACCCAACGAUGAAGUGUCUACUUCCGAGUCUGCAGCGAACUCAAAUGAAACGAUAUCGCCCGGAGAGAGCAAUGAGGAAAACACACUCAAUGCCAGUCAGUCAGCGGUGGAACACGAAGCUACGACAACUAUGGCUGAACCUAACGUUAGUGAACAACUGUCGACGGAUGAAGAAGCGGGCGGCGAUGGUCAUCACAAUAACUCAGUCAUCGAAAUCGAGAUAACAUUAGUAUCUGGUAAUGAUACAAAUUCGGAAGAGGAUGAGAGAGAGGGUGAAGCUGAAGCUGAAGCUGAAGCCGAUGACGAGACUCCCAUGCCAGUAGAAAGUGGGGAAUGAAGGAAAUAGAACUUGUAAACCAGUGUGCGUGAACAAAAUAUAAAUGUCGUGUACCAUGAAAUAUAAUUUCUUAAAGCUCUAA